UCAGAAUGGGAGAGGACGCGUUGAGGAGGGAGCCUUCUCUUACUAUGGACAUUCAGCUGCGGAGCAGCCUGCAUAUUUUUGGAAUAAGGACUUAACAUACUUUGCAUAUCGCCUUCUCUCUCUCUCACUCUUUUUUUCUAAAGGAGAGAUUUGCGUGCAUGGAGAUGGAAGAUCGCAGGUGAGGAGAAGAAAGGAAAAAUGACAUUUACAGUAGAUACGCGCUGAGGUCCUAAUGGGAUAUUACUACAGAUUAUUUAGGCAUAUUUUACUUUUUUACAUUUUACUUGACUAAAAACAAGUAAAAAUGGAUUUUUUAAAUAGAUCCAGCUUGGAGGACGGAAUUGAGGCAGAAAAUAUCUCCUCUAAUUCCACAUCUCUGAGUCAGUACAGCCAGCUUGCUAUCUGGGGUCUGGCCGGACUUGUCAGCUUUCUCAUUUUGUUUACAAUAGUCGGGAACGUCCUCGUUGUAAUCGCCGUUUUAACGAGCAGAGCUCUAAAACCACCCCAGAAUCUUUUUCUCGUCUCCCUCGCCAGUGCAGACAUACUGGUGGCCACACUGGUCAUGCCCUUUUCUCUGGCAAAUGAACUUAUGGGUUACUGGUUUUUUGGUAAAAUCUGGUGUGACAUUUAUCUGGCUCUGGACGUUUUAUUCUGCACCUCUUCAAUUGUUCACCUGUGUGCCAUCAGUUUGGACAGGUACUGGUCAGUGACACAGGCAUUAGAGUACAACUUAAAGAGAACACCUAAAAGAGUUAAAGGCAUGAUUGUGGUGGUGUGGUUGAUUUCAGCUGUCAUCUCCUUCCCACCACUGAUAUCAAUGGAUAGGAGCAGCAAUGAGGCCAGUCCCACGUGUAUCCUGAACGAUGAGACCUGGUACAUCCUCUACUCCAGUAUCGGAUCAUUUUUCGCCCCCUGUGUCAUCAUGAUCCUGGUCUAUAUUCGGAUAUACCAAGUGGCAAAGAACAGGACCAGAACGAUGUCGGAGAAGAAAAGAGAUGUGGACUCCCCACUCGAGAAUGGAAUGGACCAAGCCGAAUCAGGAAGAGGCGGGUCAGUAAAGUCCAACAGGGAAAGCAUAAAGGAUCAAGAACGUGAGAAUGGACACUGCAAAGAGCAUGCAGUCGGAUCCCCUCUACCGAAUGAGCCCAAACAUCCGCCAACGGACCACGAUGAUGACUACGAAGACAGCAGCUCGUUGGACGAGAAACCUAAGAAAAGUACCAAUUCCUCCAAACAUCAACGUGAUGAAAGAAAGGACAGGAAGUCCAGCCGCAAAAGCAGCUCCGCCUCCAAAUACUCCAGCAGGAAAUCGCGUUCCAGCUCCAAAUCCAUGGAGCUUUUCUCAUCUCGCCGCAAACGCCGGAGCACCGUCAACCGCAAUAAAGCCUCUGCCGCUAGAGAAAAGCGAUUCACUUUCGUCCUUGCCGUCGUCAUGGGCGUUUUCGUCUUGUGCUGGUUCCCGUUCUUCUUCUCUUACAGCCUGUACGGGAUCUGCCGGGAGCCAUGUGAGAUCCCUGAGACGCUGUUCAAGUUCUUUUUCUGGAUUGGCUACUGUAACAGUUCGCUAAACCCGGUUAUCUACACCAUCUUCAACCAGGAUUUCCGCAGAGCCUUCCAGAAGAUCCUCUGUAAGUCAUGGAAACGCUCUUUCUGAAUGCUCUCUGUAUGGGACUGUAAUAGAAACUUGACCCUGCAGAUACAUUCAAACUGUUCUGAUCUGUAUGAUAAAGUGCUGGCCUGAAGGGAGUGGGGGGCUUAAACACCUUUACUUUCAGGGAUUGCUGCUAGAAAUGAAGGAUUGAUUUAACUAAGGUGUUCGAAAAGGUAUAUAUUAGAGUAAGCUCUUACUCACUGAGGCGGCUUUAAUUCAACGCCAUGCAGGCUGCUGUAGGACUGAUGUGGGCUUUCGGCUCAUUUCCCCCUUCCCAUUGACUUUUUCUCCCCUCAUUGUCAUACAAAAAACGGACUCAUAACAGUAACUGUGAUGCAUGCACGCCUCAGUUGCUGCACUCGGAUGAUCCGUACUGGAUGGCGAUGGGUGUACAAAGACACUUUAUUUCAAAUGUGACCUCAUUCUCUGAAUAUAAUGCGAAGGCCAUGACAAUCUUUGCAACCUUGACAACCGUUGCUUAUGACGUUCUUCUGUCUCACUGUCACGUCACUCUGUUUCUCUUUUCCUUUGUAUUAUGUCGCACUGUCAACAUGAGGACCAAUGGGACGAAGGGGCUCCUUGCUUACUGUUUCAGUAGCAAAACAGUUUCACAAAAAAAAGAAAGAAAAAAUAAUCCUCCAAAAAAAAAGUCAUAUCUGCUUUAGUGUGUUUGGAGGUCAAAAGGGUCUGACCAGGGAGCUGCAGUUUACUUUUAUCAGCACGUGUGUUGUAACAUGAGGUUGGGACUUAAUCUGGAUACAGUGGCAUGUACAGUUGAGUGGAAUCACGGGCAAAUACCUUCUACUCCCCUCUGAGAAGAAAGAUAGAAAACAGAGGUACUGCUGAGCCACAUGGGCACCUACUGAAGCUUUCACUGUGUGUGUGUGUGUGUGUGUGUGUGUGUGUGUGUGUGUGUGUGUGUGUGUGUGUGUGUGUGUGUGUGUGUGUGUGUGUGUGUGUGUGUGUGUGCGUGUGUGUGUGUGUGUGUGUGUGCGUGUGUGUGUGUGUGUGUGUGUGUGUGUGUGUGGCAGAGAAAGAUAGGAAAAUGUGUAUAACAGUGAAACUCUGUGGUGAUGAAGUGAGCAUGAGAGUGUAUCGCAUCGUAUUCCUACUGCCAGUUUUUGAUUGUGUGUGUGUGUGUGUGUGUGUGUGUGUGUGUGUGUGUGUGUGUGUGUGUGUGUGUGUGUGUGUGUGUGUGUGUGUGUGUGUGUGUGUGUGUGUGUGUGUGUGUGUGUGUGUGUGCGUGUGUGUGUAUAACCUGUUUCUGUGUGUCUCUCUAUUCUCCACCAUCCUCUUUUCUGCCCUUGCAGCCACAAAAAGCACUUAGCAACCAAACAUCUUAUCACUCUUUUCUAGUGUCACACACACACACAUUAGUAAUAUUAUACAAGAUAUUAAAGUGACAUAUACGGUCAGUAUUUCAUCUUUACAUUUAUAGCCUGAAGGACUGAUGCUUUUAUGCCUUGCUUGUAAAUAAUUGAAACAGUACAGUAUUAUUGUGUGGCUCCUCAUAAUCACAAAUGUAUCAAUAUGAUAACAAUGUAUUGUUUGUAUAUUGAACAAAGCUUUAAAAGGUGUUCAUGUUACACCGUCCUGUCUAUUUUCUAAAAGAGCAAGUGUUUACUUCUCGGCUUUGAGCACAUUCAAAAGAUCAAAUAAAGAGAUUACUUCAACUGUCA